AUGUCAGACUCAACACAAAUCUCUGUACACAUUAAAAUCACGGUCGACCCUGCUCAUGCGGAAACGUACCUCAACGCACUCAAGCCUGUGUUUACAGCAGUCAUUGCAGAACCUAGGAAUACUUUUUUUGAGGUGUACCAAGAUGAACAGAAUCCGGGAGUAUUCAAGCUAGUCGAGAAUUGGACCGCCUCGGUGGAAUACAUGAAAGAGGUUUUGAAGAAGGAGUACUAUGAGCCAUAUAGAGCCACGAUUAUGCCUCUCCUUCUUAAACCACUAGAAGUGGAAUUUUACACUCGUAUGCCCGGGAAUGAGUGGGUUAAUGUGCGGGCUGGAAUAUACCCUGACAGAAGCUAG